AUGGAUAACGUAAUUUUACCGGCCGUCGCUGUUUGUAUUUCGGAAAUAGAUAAAGGUCCCAACACGGAGAAUAUCACCAGGAUACUGACGCAAGCAAAUGAAAACGUUAAAUUGGAAGCAGGUAAAGAUAUAUCAGAGGCCUUGGAGAUAACUGUGAACACAGAAACAAUAUCAACAAGAGGAAUUUCUUCUGAUAGUGUCCCUAAUCUUUAUGUAUUCGACCUCCAAAAUAAGCUGACUCUUCUGGACACAUCGAUCAUGCUCACUGCCAGAGCUUAUUUCGAUAUCACAGUCGCUGUUUGGAUCAUCGAGUCGUCGGAAGACGUCAGAACUCUUUCUUUGCCGGAUAGAAGGACGCAAGCAAAUGAAAACGUUAAAUUGGAAGCAGGUAAAGAUAUAUCAGAGGCCUUGGAGAUAACUGUGAACACAGAAACAAUAUCAACAAGAGGAAUUUCUUCUGAUAGUGUCCCUAAUCUUUUUGUAUUCGACCUCCAAAAUAAGCUGACUCUUCUGGACACUUCGAUCAUGCUCACUGCCAGAGCUUAUUUCGAUAUCACAGUCGCUGUUUGGAUCAUCGAGUCGUCGGAAGACGUCAGAACUCUUUCUUUGCCGAAUAGAAAGUGUUUUCUGAGUGAAGUACUGUUGCCUUUGUUAGAAUUUAUUUAA